GGUGGCCGGGGUUCAUGUUCGGGCCAAUGCGAGGCUGGUUCAAGCUUGAACUAUUCUUGGAAGAUACAUUUAAUCAGUUUUCCAUCCCCUCCCGCCCCCACGGUUUUUUGCCUGAUUGGCUUACCGCAGCUGAAGACAUGUGGAAUGCACUUUGCCGCUUUGCUAAACCUCUUUCAGGGAGGAAUUGAAAAUUGAUUCCUUCAAAUCUCUGAAGUAGACCGGGAUCUUGAAACCUCACACCUUCUCACCGCUCUCCAUUAUGUCCCCUAAUGCGUUCUCUGCCUGGCCCGAUGGGCGCGGGCGGGCGAGUUGGCUGGGCGCCAUGUUUGAUUUACUUCUUCUCUCUCUCGCAGGACGUGCUUGGGGGAAAUACAGCCGUCCGUCUUUUCAACCAUUUUUUAAAGAUUUAUACUUUGAUUCAAAGAAUUACCCUUAGCAAGAGUAAGAAGUUAGUUUUAGUCUCUCCAAAAAUGGACAUGUUUAAGAGGUUGAAAACUGUCCCUCAGUCCGGUUUCUCGACACAUUGGGUGUGAGUAUGUGUGCCCGUGAGGUCACAGCCGCCCCCAGAGGGGUGUCUGCGUCUCAGUGGGUGCACACAUGUGGCCAGGGCCUGGCUUGCACCCGACUUCACUUUCCUUCCCCUGGACUUGAGUGAAAUCCCCAUGGGUGCUGGGCUGAAGAGGCCACAGGCGGUGAGUUCGGCCCAGAAAGGGUUCUCUUCCCGUCAGAUCGUUUGGGUUCAGAAAUUCAGAUAAAUGGUCUGGUACAUUAUUCUGAAGGAGUUGUCAGGUUUUCCCCCUCUAGUAGGGCUUCUCAAUCAUCAGCAUGCAACCGAAUCCCCUGGAGGGUGGCUGAAAACACACUUUGCUGAGCCCUUCCCCUGAAAUUUCUGAUUUAGCCAGUCUGGGGCCUGAGAAUUUGCAUUUCUCCCAGGCUCCCAGGCAGUGCUGCUGCUGCUGGUGCCGUGAGCACAGGCGGAGCAGCAGGAGUCUAAAAUGCACUUCCGACCCUGUCUGCGGGCAGUGUGCUUGCAGGCCGUGGCGCAGAUGUGGUCUCGAUGAAAGCCAAGACAGACCCAUCCACGGCAGGUGGGACAAAACAAAUCUUCCCGGGCCAGGGGGCCCAAUUCUCUGCAUUACACCUUUUAUUGACCGCUUGUGCAGGGGGCGACUUCCAAGGUGCCAGUGCUUACAUUCUGAAUUACCUAAUGUACAUCCUGUGGGCGUUGCUGUUUGCAUUUCUGGCCGUCUCCCUGGUGCGGGUGUUUGCACCAUACGCCUGCGGCUCUGGCAUACCAGAGAUAAAGACCAUUUUGAGCGGCUUCAUCAUAAGGGGCUACUUGGGAAAGUGGACCUUGCUGAUCAAGACUGUCACCCUGGUGCUGGUCGUGUCGUCAGGCCUGAGCCUGGGGAAAGAAGGGCCCUUGGUGCACGUGGCUUGUUGCUGCGGCAACUUCUUCAGCAGCCUUUUCUCCAAGUACAGCAAGAACGAGGGCAAGAGGCGCGAGGUGUUGUCCGCUGCAGCUGCGGCCGGGGUCUCUGUGGCCUUUGGUGCUCCCAUCGGGGGCGUGCUCUUCAGCCUGGAAGAGGUCAGUUACUACUUCCCCUUGAAGACCCUGUGGAGGUCGUUUUUCGCGGCACUGGUGGCGGCCUUCACCCUACGCUCCAUCAACCCCUUUGGGAACAGCCGCCUGGUUCUCUUUUACGUGGAGUACCACACGCCCUGGUACAUGGCCGAGCUCUUCCCCUUCAUCCUGCUUGGCGUCUUCGGGGGCUUGUGGGGCACAUUCUUCAUCCGCUGUAACAUUGCCUGGUGCAGGCGGCGCAAGAGCACCAAGCUGGGCAAGUACCCGGUGCUGGAGGUCAUCAUGGUGACCGCCGUCACCGCAAUCGUCGCGUACCCCAACCCCUACACGCGCCAGAGCACCAGCGAGCUCAUUUCAGAGCUCUUCAAUGACUGUGGGGCCCUCGAGUCCUCCCAGCUCUGUGACUACGUCAAUGACCCCAACAUGACCAGGCCCGUGGACGACAUUCCAGACCGGCCGGCCGGGCUCGGCGUUUACACAGCCAUGUGGCAGCUGGCCCUGGCGCUCAUCUUCAAAAUCGUCAUCACCAUAUUUACUUUUGGCAUGAAGAUCCCUUCGGGCCUCUUCAUCCCCAGCAUGGCCGUGGGGGCCAUGGCGGGCCGGAUGGUGGGCGUGGGUGUGGAGCAGCUGGCCUACCACCACCACGACUGGAUCAUCUUCAGGAACUGGUGCAGGCCCGGCGCGGACUGCGUCACACCGGGACUUUAUGCGAUGGUGGGAGCUGCAGCCUGCCUAGGCGGAGUUACCAGGAUGACGGUGUCUCUGGUGGUCAUCAUGUUUGAGUUAACGGGUGGCCUGGAGUACAUUGUGCCCUUGAUGGCGGCAGCUGUCACCAGCAAGUGGGUGGCCGAUGCCUUUGGGAAGGAAGGCAUCUACGAGGCCCACAUCCACUUAAACGGGUACCCGUUUCUGGAUGUGAAGGAUGAAUUCACCCACCGCACGCUGGCCACCGACGUCAUGCGGCCCCGGCGGGGGGAGCCCCCGCUCUCCGUGCUCACGCAGGACAGCAUGACAGUGGAGGAUGUGGAGACGCUCAUCAAGGACACCGACUACAACGGCUUCCCCGUGGUGGUCUCCAGAGACUCCGAGCGCCUCAUUGGGUUUGCCCAGAGGAGAGAACUGAUUCUUGCAAUAAAGAACGCCAGGCAGAGGCAGGAGGGGAUCGUGAGCAACUCCAUCAUGUACUUCACCGAGGAGCCCCCCGAGCUGCUGGCCAACAGCCCGCACCCCCUGAAGCUGCGGCGCAUCCUGAACCUCAGCCCCUUCACAGUCACAGACCACACCCCCAUGGAGACCGUGGUGGACAUCUUCCGGAAGCUGGGGCUGCGGCAGUGCCUGGUGACGCGCAGUGGGAGACUUCUCGGCAUCAUCACGAAAAAGGAUGUUCUGAGGCACAUGGCCCAGAUGGCAAACCAGGACCCCGAAUCCAUCAUGUUUAACUAACAACGGGAUGGCGUCUAUUCAGAGAAAAACACAGCGGCUGUGUCAUUUAAAAGACAUAAAGAAACCAUAGCUGGGGACAGUAGAAACGUACUUUGGUUUGAAAAGGAGGGGAAGAAGGUUGAAACCUUUUUAAAAAAAAUAUACAUCAAUGAGCAGGCAUUUAAUAACUCUAACCCCUUAUGAAUUUCCAGCCAUGUUAAUGAGUUUACUAACUGUUAUGGGGGCGUGUGGGUGGGUGUAAAUGAUGUGAUUUGUCUGAGGACAGGGAACCAAAAAGCCAAGUGGAGAGACGUGUCCCCUACCUGCUCAAGGCUGACACUUGUGACUUAAGACCAUGUGUGAAGCUUCGAGUCCAAAAGGCAAAGGCAUAUUGUUGUGUAAGCAUCCUUAUUUAUUGGUUCCUGAAGCUUUGCUGCUAUGUUACUGAAUCAUACUAAAGACAUUUACUUUGUUGGUAAAAAAAAAAAAAAAAAAAAAUUAAAUUUGAACAUAGCGGAAGCAGAAGUAUGCAGAUAGGUCCACUGACGACCAUCCCAUUUCUCACUCCUGUUUUCAGUCUAUUAUUUUGCUCAUCCAUCAGUUUCUGAACCAACAUUAGGGACACCCGCUAUGAUAAGCAUGAAGAAAUCAUUUCUCUGUUCAAGACCAGAAUCUCGGGAUUGCACAACAGACUGUUACAGCAUCGUGCGCUGCUCUGUGUUGCCUCCCGUACAAAGCAAUGCAUCCUUAUUUUCAAGCUCUCUAUGCCCCUGAUCUUUGGUUCCCAUCCCUGUGGCUCCAUGUCUCGCUUGCUGUUGCUUCUGUAUUCCUAAGUCUUAGUCUGGCAUUUUCCGUGGGCCAUAGCCUAUAUGCUCCCAGCUUGCCAUAAGCCUGCUUUAAUUUCCAAACAGUAUACAAGAGUCAAAAGCAGGCCACCCAGUGUUAUUAGUUAUUUUUCCACUCAGAUGUCAUCAAACACGGCAGCGGAGAGGAUAAGUCCUCAGGGGGAGCUCCUCCUAGUGGAUUGCAAGAGAAAUACUAAAUUGCUUCCAAAUCAGUUCCAUUCUCUUCUCUGUGGGAUGCACAGCCUCGCGCCCUGCUGUGUGAGCAUGCACUUUCAGACGGGCAGUCAAAGCGCAGAGGGGCAGAGUUCAAUUUUCCACGGUCAGUUUGAGCAUUGGGCAUCUCUGUAUUUGAACCCACUGACACAUUUAUUCUUCUAGACAGGACUUCUGUCAUUUCUGCGGGAAGGAAUUAAGCUGUAUUUCACGCCCACUGUCGAAUGAUGUGUGUAAGCUGUAUCCCACUUGCCCUUUAGUCUUUGUCCCUCCCUUUUUUCCUACUUGUCCUCAUCCUUUUCAGUCUCAUUGUCAUUGGCUAUUGACGGAUCAGUUAGAUGUGCAUUUGACUUUGAAUACUGGAGAACCCAAUGAACAGUGAUGCACUGAAUAAGAAACCUGGGGUGGGAGAGGGGUGGGCCCUCCAAGGCUGUCUCAGUAAUAUCAUCGAGGGUACAGACUCCUUUGGUAUUUCUUUUCCACCAUCCUUACUCUUUGUCCUUUGGCUUACUGCCUCAUCAUUGCAAGAUGGCUGCUGCACCGCCAGGUAUCAAGUCUGCUUUCUAAGCAGAGAGAAGGCAGAAGAAGGAAGUAAAAAGGUGCAGCGUCUAUGUCAGGAAACAGAGCUUUCCCAGAAACACUCGGCUUACAGCUGUUGGCUAGGAUCCCGUCACAAGGUUCCCCUUAGCUGCACGUGAGUCUGGGAGGGGAAUUUUUUAGCUAGGCACAUUAUUCUCUGAAUGACAUUUAGAUUCUCUUAAUAAGGAAGGGAGAUUGGUCCUUGGGAAGGGAAUUUGUCCGUAGCAUCAGAUGCCAUUGUUGUGUCCCACUCGCCCUUCUUACCUUCCUUACCUUCCCUUUCUUGCCCACCCCUUGCCAACACCCUUCUUCUAACCUUCCUUCCCCCCCACUCCCACUUCUCUCUCCCACUUCACAUAGAACUCUCCAGGCAGCAUCCAGAGUUUCUGCCACCUUCACCCUAACAAAACAGUUCAUUUUGCAUACAAACCUAGCUGCAAGUGGAUUUCUACAAAACUUCUAGUUGAUGGGAGGAAAUAUAUAUUCUUUGGGUUUAAAGAUUUUAAGUCAGACAAACUAUAGGGAAAUUUCUGUCUGUAAGUAACUGCACCUUCAGAAAGAUCAAACAACCACUCCAGUGUGGAAAUGUGCAAUCGAUAGGAAAGAAUUUGAUCUUUGGUCCUAAAAUGGAAUGAAGCUCCUGGUCUCAUUCACCGCAUGUCACUAAUGAGCGCUGGGAGCUUUGUUAUUGGGGUUUCCAUAGAACCUUUGCAAGUGAAGCAUGCGUCUCCUGGAGUUUAAACUCUAAACUCUAAGAAGUCAAAGAUCGCCCUGUGGGGUUUCUGUCUUAUUCCCGCGUGGCUCUCCUCAGAUCUUGCCUGCAAUGGGACAUGGGCAUUGGUCACAGCCUGGCUUUAUAUAAUCCAGGAGGCCCUUUGAGCUGAAACAAGUGGCUUCCAAAGGGAACACUUGGCAGUGAAAAGAUAGCCAAAGGGCAGUCAAACCUCAGAAGCUCCUUCUCCAGCUGAGGCGAUGGACUCUGCACCAAGGUCACAGAGGGGACAUUUGGGAGUUGUGUCUGCAUCCCCAGUGCUUAGGACAGGGAUGGUCUGGAGUUCAUGGAAAAGUGUUGGAAGUGUCACUCCACUUAAAUAACCCAGCCUUGUGUUCUUGCAAGCAGGGCCCCUAAUUUGCCGUGGGGUUCAGCCUCUCCUCAAGGGAUGACCGGCGUCAGACAGGCCGAGUUAAGGUCAAGGGUGGGAUGGGGUAGGCCGUGGUGGGGACUCCCCCACCGAAUCAGCUCCCUCGCAGGAGGCCCCGACUCGGCCACGCAGGCCCUGGCCCACUGGCUCGGGGGCGCAGGUGCAGGCUGCGGGGAACGUGCCGCCACUCUGGGGUCACUCAGAAACCUGCCCGGGCAGGGAUCCUGACGGUGUUCGCCAUAUCCAAAUGCAGAACUUCGGUCCACUUUACCUGGUGAUGUGAUGACUUGGAUGUGUAAGUGAAACAAACAUUUUUCAGAAUAAGGUUUUUUUUCUUUUCCAGAACCACAGGCUUUUGACAUUUGUAAAACUUCCCUGAUUCUUUCUGAAUCUGUUUUUAAUGUAAAAAACAUAAAUGCUGAGUGAAAAGAAGUUCUCUAAGGAGACAUUGUCAACCUGUUUCUUGUUCUGCCUCCCAUUCUCUGACUAAGGCAAUGUGCUGUAGACAGACAUCAAAUAAAGGGUGCCCUGAAAGUGA